GCCUGUGGUGUGCUAACGGCUAACAGCUAGUUAACAGUGAUAAACUAACUACGCGCGCUGGUUAAAAGCAACAGACAGACCUCAGGUGAGGAGGACUCCGGGCACUCCUGUCUCUCAUGUUGGUGCUCACCUGAAGAAGCUUCUGGAAGCUGCUCGUGCACGCGCACAGUCUCCAUGGCUACGGAGGAGUUCUACGAGGUGGAGAGAAUCGUGGACAAGAGGAAGAACAGGAAGGGGAAGGUGGAGUACCUGGUCAGGUGGAGAGGUUAUGGUUCAGAGGAGGACACCUGGGAACCUGAGAGUCACCUGUCCACCUGUAUGAUCUACGUCCAUGAGUUUAACCGUCAGUACAUGGAGCGACAGAGAGACAGUACGUUACUGCGCUCCACCCGCAGCUCGCCCAGCCUCAACUGCAGCUCUGGCCACAGGCCGCCCUGCAGGCCGCCGCCUGUCUCUGCAGCUCGUGGUGACAUAGGCGCAGGUUUAACUGGAGACUGUACCCAGGUGAAACCUCUGGUCAGUCCGGCUCCCCUGCCCCUCGUGGGACUGACCCACCCGCACUCCGUCGGCUCUCCGCUGCCCCUGCCGGCCAACAGGUUUGGUCUGAUGUCGGUGGCUCCGGCUGGCUCUGCCCGCCGCAGCGUGGACCUGUCCAAGACCGGCAUCAAGAUCCUGGUUCCUAAGAGUCCGAUGAACAGCCGCCUGGACUCAGAGGAGUCUCCCAGCGAGGCGGCUCACAGUCUGGAGGCCGGAGCUCAGGAAGCUCACCUGGUCCCACCUGAGGUAGCCCUGCUGGAGAAACCUGCAGGAGUCCAGCUGGGUCCCGGAGAGGAGAGAGCCCGCAUGGGGACCAGACCACGCAGCCAGAACCCUCUGCCCCCACCCCGAGUUCCCAUCACACCUGCUGCCAUGCGCUCCCUCAGUGGCACAGGUAACUCUGCGUUAAUGGAGGCUGUCGCUGCCAACGGGAUGUCAGGCGUGCAGAGUGCUGUUGCUGGGGCAACGAGUGCUACGGGAAAACGACGUCUGGAGGAGCGCUCUGCGUUUGACAAACGUCUGAGGUUCAGUGUUCGACAGACGGAGAGCGCUUACCGUUACCGUGACAUUGUGGUGAAGAAACAAGACGGCUUCACCCACAUUCUGCUGUCCACCAAGAGCUCCGAGAACAACACACUCAACCCUGAGGUCAUGAAGGAGAUCCAGAGCGCCAUGGCGACAGCAGCAUCAGACGAUAGUAAACUGGUGUUACUUGGCGCUGUUGGCAGUGUUUUCUGCUGCGGCCUUGACUUCCUGUAUUUCAUCAGACGCCUGACGGAUGACAGGAAGAAAGAGAGUAUCAAGAUGGCUGAAACCAUCAGGACUUUUGUCAACACCUUCAUCCAGUUCAGGAAGCCAAUUGUGGCAGCGGUGAAUGGGCCGGCGCUUGGCCUCGGUGCGGCCAUCCUGCCGCUGUGUGACGUGGUGUGGGCCAACGAGAAGGCCUGGUUCCAGACACCAUACACAUCCUAUGGCCAGACGCCAGAUGGCUGCUCAUCCUUCACCUUCCCCCGCAUAAUGGGCCUCGCCUCGGCCAACGAGCUGCUGCUGAGCGGCAGGAAGCUGACAGCUCAGGAGGCUUGCUGUAAAGGUCUGGUGUCUCAGGUUCUGUGGCCUGGAACUUUCACACAGGAAGUGAUGCUGCGGAUCAAAGAGCUGGUGACGGUUGACUCCCUGGUUCUGCGGGAGUCCAAAGCCCUGAUGAGGAACAGCAGCCGCAGUGCUCUGGAGCAAGCUAACGAGCGCGAGUGUGAAGCCCUGAAGAGAGUCUGGGGUUCAUCACAGGGAACAGACUCCAUCCUGCAGUACCUGCAGAGGGGAACCGACCUCUGCUAAAUCCUGAACUGGGACCUGGACCAGGACUGGUCCGAUGAUUCAGCACUUCUGAGAUGGAACCAGUGACUCAGCAGAUUCCGAGUUUAACAGAAUCCUUUUGUUGUUAAAAUUUAAAUUAUAAUUUCAGCAGAACAUUCCUCCUGUUCUCAGGUUCAGCUUUAUCUUUGUGCUAAGCUAGGCUAGCAGUUUCCCCCUGCUUCCAGUCUUUGUGCUAAGCUAGGCUGAACCCAUCAAGGACCCACUAGCUUAGUACAAAGACUGGAAGCAGGGGGAAACUGCUAGCCUAGCUUAGCACAAAGACUGGACGCAGGGGGAAACUGUUGGCCUAGCUAGUUUUCUGCAUCAAAAACACAGUGCAGAAGAACACCAGAGGAUCCACAGUAGAACCCUGUGUAACCUCACAGGUCUGGGGGGGGGGGGGGGCCUAACAGGU